AUGCGUCCACCCUCGCGUCGUCCAUCUGAGGUUUACGUCGACGUCCCCUCCUCCUCGUUCCACAAGCCCUUCCCGCUGCACGCCACCACCGCAAGCAAGGAGAACGCUGUCCCAGGCAUGGCGCGCAGCCCCAGCCUCCUCGCGCAAACCGAGCCUAACACUCCUGCGGUCUCAUCUACUACCAAGCGCAAGCGCACCCUUUCCGAGACACAACCAGCUCGGGACUCUGGCGACGCGACCACUAGCUCGCGCACAUCCAAGAAGACGAAAGCGAGGGAUGCUGAACAAGAUAAAGAGGUGAACCGAGAUUCCACCGCCCCUAAGAGGCGCAAGACACACGAGGGGACCCUCGGCACAGCUCAGCCCUCUACCGGGGCUCGCAAAUCAAAGCCCAAGGAUGCUCGCUCUGUGAGCACUGUUGCCAAAGGAAAAGACCUCGAUGCCAGUAACGCGAACGAGGAAUUCCCUAAUGGUUUCUUCUACUGCCAUCAAUGUGCCAAGAAACGUGACGCCACAGCUGAGUCGACCAAAGAGGAACGAUGCAAAGCCAAAUAUUGCAAGGCAUGUCUUAAGAAUCGCUAUGGCAAGGAUGUGGAUGCUAUCCAUGAGGAAGGCGAGCCGGAAGCCACUCGAAAGAAGAACAAAAGCGAGCAUGUAAGCGGUUGUGGUUAUGUAUUCAGGUGUCCGAAGUGCGAAGAUAUCUGCAAUUGCUGUCGGUGUCGCAAGGCUAAGGGUCUGGACCCUGUUGGUAAUUUGACCCUUGCAGCUCGUAAAGCAGGAGCAGGCUCUGUGGCUGCCAUGCUUUCCGACGACCCCACUGCAUCAGGCAUACUUCCUGGAAAGGGAGCGCAGGUUGCUCGUGGGGAAAAGUUACAGAAAGCGCAGAAAGCGAAGGAUAAGGAUGCGAAACCGAAAGGAGACACCGCCGAAGCGGCCUCGAAGAAACGAGGACGUCCUCGGAAAGACGUGGAAGCCGUGCCCUCUUCCAAUCGCCCCACGGGAGGUGACAAGAAGAGGCAGCGAGCCAAGCCCAAGAAGACCGCGCCUAUCCCCAAUCCGACGUGGACGAGGAUCCCUACACCGCUGAACCUUGAUGAGGCUGAGGCGCGGAUGCACAUCCGUGAGUUCAUGCUGAGGUUCGCCGAGGUCAUGGGGAGCGGCAAGCGCGACACAAUCUCGAAGGCGUUGCUCGAGGAGCUCGAGGUGAUUGAUACCGACGGUCAUAUUCGGGAAGACGACGACAAUCCGCAGCUUCCUGAAUCUGUAGGAUGGGUCAGCGAGGCUUGCAUCAAAGCCAUGUUGAUAGGCUUACUCAGCCUUAUCGCCGAAGACCAUAAUAUCAAGGACAAGGCUGCGGAAGCCAUCAAGGAGAUUAGGGCAUCCAGUGCGAACCUCAACAAGAUGUGGGUAGCGGUCUCCGGUCUGCGAUCGUCGACCUUCGUGCUGCCGGAUCCGCUGCCUCCUCCGGCUUACGCGGCAGUUCGCACUACCCGUUCCGUGAAUGUAAAUGAGGGGGUGCUGGUCGCGAACACGGCCCAGUUCGUCCCUGUGAUCGCCGCGCUGAUAGAUCGUGCUAUGGGUACAGAGGCCGUGCGCGAAGAGAUUAACGAGGGCAUUAAGGAGCUGGUGGAGAAGGCCAGGGAAGCGAGGGAGACGCGGAAGAAAGAAGAAACGAGAUGGGAGGUCGUGCCGAAAGGCAACGGGCAAGGCAACCAUAUCAGAAAUUUGAAGGCUCAGCAUCUGCACAUGCUCGAGGAUAUCGAGCAGAGCCUGAAUGUGGUGACGAACAGCGUUUCUAUGAUUCGAUUUGCGCCUUUGGGUCGAGAUAUCGAUGGGCGUAUCUACUACGCCCUGCACCCAGGCGUUGUCGAGCGCGACGCGGCUCUCGAGACCAUCAAAAGCGACACAUCGUCCGAUCGUGGCCGAGCUGGCAAAGGUGGCGGCAGACGCACGGCGCACAAGAAGAUCACCGCAGAGGAACGGGAGGAAACGUCGCUUUGGAGUUGGCAGGUAGCUGUCUGGGGCCCCUUGCCGGAGGGCGCUCUGAAGCAGGACGGCUCCACCACUGUGACCUCCGUGAACCUGGAUGACGGCAAGACCCGAUGGUGGGCGUUCUGCCACCCGGACGAGAUCAGGAAGCUCGCGCAAUGGGUCGCGGCGCAGGGCGGGGUGGCGACGGACGGCCUUGACGCUGACGCCGAGGAAGGCUCCGGGGCGAAUGGCCACGCUCGCAACGGGGUCGCAAGCUCGAGCGCUACGGGUAAAUCCUCGAGCCUUUCUUCCUCGCUUUCCUCUUCGCCCGACUCCGAGGACGACGACAUGAUGAGCGAGUUAUCCGAUUUAUCAGCGCCGGCUGAUAUCAAGAUGGACAUAGAGUCGUCCCGGCCCAGCAAGGGUGAAGUGCAGGGCCUCGUGCAAGGCUUGCAGGAAUAUGCAGAUGCCUUGCAAUGGAGGAUUAGGAGGUGGGGCGAGGAGGUUGAGCCUGAGCCAUCGAAAGGCGUGACCAAGAAGAAAGCUACGGAGGGGCCAAUCGAACCAUCCAAGUUCUAUUCUUAG